CUGUAAACAAAGUUUGAGGUUAUUAGCAUUAUUUAUUAUGUAGAAAAAGUGGUAAGCAGAAUUCUUUAGAUAAAUGCAACUUUAUAAUAUGUGCAAAAUGAUGCAACUGUAGUUAUCUCGGCAACUUUUACGUGUGACAAUGGAUCGGGGGAAAUUUUCGUUAUUGUUAUUGGAUCCCGGUGAGAUCUAUUUUGAGGACUUCAGCGCAGUUUUGAUACCUCCGGACAUAACGCCGAAAACGUUCGAUUCAAAGAAACAGGAUGGCAGGCUCAAAAUGUGUUCAAAAUCUUUAGUUUUUGACCCAAAAGAUAUCUACAAACCAAUUAUCAAAAUACCGUUAAAAAACUGUGUUGUGAUCGAGCAAUGGAAAGGUAGCGCAAAGUAUUUAACAAAUAACAACGUCCUAACUGUAAACUGUCGGGAGUACAUUGAAAUGUUAGAAGGAAAUAUUGUUGCCCCCUAUAAAUUCCGCGAGGCUACUAAUUUCUUGUUUCAAUUAAACUACGCCAACAUUAUGAACUGUUUGCCCCAAAUUUGUCAGUUACAUAGGGCCAGCACUUUACCGGCCGCUGAACAAGCUGACAUGAUCGCAACUAUCGUUCAUUCACGACAUGCUCGGGUUAGUUUUGACCCUUUGUGGUUAGAUUUAUAUGAAAAGGUUGUUUUGGAGACUGAGGCAGAUAAAGUUACUCCUCUUGUUGUAAACCCUGGUAGACUUUUAUUAUCAACAUCACGAUUGUUUUUCCAACCCUAUAAUAAUGUAGAAAGCGUUCCGGUUAUUAAAAUUGAGCUGAACAGCAUCAAGAGGAUGGUGAAAAGGCGGUUCUUGUUGAGGCACAUAGGCUUGGAAAUUUAUUGUAGCGAAAGUAGUAGUAACCCUCACAUUUAUCUAUCGUUUCGAAGUCAGCAAAAACGCGAUCAUUUAUACGAUAAUUUAUUGAACCAACCGGUCUUAAAAUUGGAGGAGCUAGACCAAGAUGUUAUGACUCUCCAAUGGCAAAAUGGUAUUAUAUCAAAUUAUGAUUACCUCCAAUAUAUCAAUAGCUUAGGCGACCGUACAAUCAACGAUUUAACCCAGUACCCCAUUUUCCCUUGGAUUAUUUCAAACUACACCGACCCAGAAUUAGACUUCAAAGACCCAAAAAAUUACAGAGACUUGAGUAAACCAGUCGGUGCAUUAAACGAGGUCCGUUUACGCCGACUUCUGGAACGAUAUGACGAAAUGUCGCAUCCGAAAUUUUUGUAUGGAUCGCACUACUCAACCCCUGGCUUUGUUCUCUUUUAUUUAGCACGUCUUUACCCCCAUUACGUCCUGUGCCUACAAAGUGGGCGCUUUGACCAUCCAGACCGAAUGUUCAAUUCAGUGGCAGAUGUUUACAAAAAUUGCCAAACCAACAUGUCCGACUUCAAAGAAUUAAUACCCGAGUUUUACGACGUGAGCCAAGAGGGAAAUUUCCUUGUUAAUAACAUGGGGAUCAAUUUCGGGUAUCGCCACAACGGGCUCAAAGUCGCUGACGUUGAAUUGCCCCCAUGGGCCGACAGCCCCCAGGACUUCGUUCGCAAAUUGAGGGACGCCUUGGAGAGUGAUGUGGUGUCGCAGGGGCUCCACCAGUGGAUUGACCUGAUUUUUGGGUUUAAGCAGCAAGGGGAAGAAGCGGUGAAGGCUAAUAAUUUGUUUUAUCAUUUGUGUUACGAGGGAAAUGUCGAUUUGGAUAAAAUACAAGAUUUGAAUCAACGACACGCUUUGGAAGUGCAAAUAAUGGAGUUUGGGCAAAUUCCCAAACAAGUGUUCAAAGUGCCGCAUCCGGCGCGCAAAAUAGGGCUUCCUCUGUUGACCGAACCGCAUCAGGUUAAUCUAACAGAAACAGAAGAUCUUUGGAAAAAUAUCACCAGUUUGGAAGUUGUUUCCACAUUUAACACCCACAAGAACACGGUGAGUCACCUUUUCAUCAGCGAUGAUGGGUCUCGUGUGACUUCCGUCGGUCAUGAUUCCAAGCUAAAGGUGUUUUCUUUGGAACAAAGUCGCCAGACUAGAAGCGCAAACAUUGGAAAUAUGCCUUUAAGUAGCUGCAUUCAAAUGCCUAAUGUCAAUGUUCUCGUUAUCGGCAGUUGGGACAAUCAAAUUUUGUUGUACGACCUGGACUAUGGGAAAGUCACCGAAAGCGUAUUAGCCCACGAAGACGCGAUCACUUGCAUGUGCUGGGGCAGAAAGAGUAAUAUUUUGGUGUCCGGCAGUGGCGACUGCACUGUUAAAAUAUGGAAAGGUUUGAAUAACAACGGAAUAAUCAAGCCCAUUCAAUGUUUACAGAAACAAAUCGACCACAAUUCGCACGUUAACUGCUUGGACUUCGACAAUGAUAACGAACACCUCGCCGUUGGCACGGAAGACGGGGAAGUGUAUAUUUGGAAAACGGGCGAUUUCACCCUUUACAAAAAAUACACAAUACAUUCUUCGAGCAUCACAGCGAUUAAUUACAGUCCCGACGGCUUGAAAUUGGCCCUGGGUGCCAAAAACAAAACUUUACAAAUUGUAGAUGUGGGAACUGGGCUUCCUGUUUUCACGAAAACUUUGAAAUCGGCCAUUUCGUGUUUGAAAUGGGUGGGGUUUUUACUGGUUUUAGGCUGUGACGAUGGCAGUUUGUUUAUUUGGGACAUUGUGGAAGUUAGGUUGCUUUACGAAGUCAGUGGGGCCCACUCUGGAGCAAUAAAAACUGUCGAUAUUUCGCCCGAGCACGCUAUCAUUGUUACCGGGAGUGAGGAUCGCCUUAUCAAAGUGUGGAAACCAAAAUAAAACAAUAAUUUUACAUAGUAUUUUAACUUAAGUAUUGUGAUAUUUUUAAUAAAACUUCCAUUUUUAUUUUAUUACUA